AUGCUCAAAGAUUUCGCCAUAGCAUCUAUCAACGACUCCAUUUACAUGAUCGGAGGCCGAAUUUGUCGCAAGGACAAUAAAAACUCCACCAUAGAAGUCGAAGCACGUGCGACCUUAAUGUGCUACAAUAUUGGCACGGACCAAUGGUCCGUUUGCGCACCCCUUUCUCACCCGAGGUUCAACUUCGCUUGCACAGUGCUAAACAACAAGAUAUAUAUUGCCGGAGGGCAGUAUGAGUUGGCCAGUGCCAAGUGCACAUCAUCUGUCGAGAUGUACGAUCCAACGGACGACAAAUGGACACAAUUACCUAAUAUGAUGAGAUUAAGGUACAAAAGUGUUGGGGUGGCGUGGCAAGGCAAAGUCUACAUAGUGGGCGGAUUUGUCCAGGGGUGUGAUGGUGACUGCCAGCUAGGCUAUGUGGACCGGUGUUCUGCUGAGGUGUACGAUGGCAAAGGGAAGUGGGACCUCGUGCCGGGGAUGUGGAAGUUAGAUGUGCCACCCAAUCAAAUAGUGGCUAUGGAGGGCAGAUUGUUUAGCUCGGGCGAUUGUUUGAAUACAUGGAAAGGACACGUUGAGCUAUACGACGAAAAUAUUAAUUUGUGGAAUGUUCUCGAAGGUUCGCAAUUAAAUCAUUUUAUGACGAAUGUUCUAGAAAGUGACCGCCAGUCGAUGCAACGGUUGUAUGUCACGAUGGCGCCAAUCAAUACAUAUUUGUACUUCUUGGCGGGUUACAGGGAUACGACGUCGUCUCGUACAAUUUUGACGGUUCAUAGGUUUGACACGGUAGCAAAAGAAGAUGGUUGGAUGAGCUUCGCGCCAUCUCUUGGCGAGGAAGGGGAACAACAACUUUGUGCCCAUUGUUGUGUUGCUCCUAAUUUAGCUUAG